AUGGCUCGUCACCCAGAUCCGUCCUCCGUCUCAUGGCUCCUCACUCAGAUCCUCCCUCCCUCCAUCUUCCCCUUUGUGCAAUGUAGGACAGCUAAGGCUGAGGCACCGACCAACCAGGGAGGCAACAGUAAACGAGCAAGCUACAACGGCAAGCACCAAGUACCUCAAAUUUUAAAUGCAGGAAGUGGUGGAAGCGGCCAUGAACCUACCCAUGCUGGAUUUGUUGGGCCAGGGAUGUUGACCGCUGCUGUUUCUGGAGAUGUUUUCGCUUCUCCACUUGUUGAUUCUAUUUUAGCUGCUAUUCGAGCUGUAAUUGGUCCCCUUGGGUGCCUUCUAAUAGUAAAGCAUGGAGAACCUGGUGUUGCUGUUGUUGAACUCCAAUCAGUUGAUGUAGUGGUAGAACAUGUUCUUAAGCAGAUAUUGUCACAGUUGUUACAAAAUGUAUUUAACGCUAUAUAUGAGAGGAUUGAGAGCUUAUGGCAGCGUGGAGCCACUCCUAUCAUGGAACUUAUGAUCGCAGCGAGAAAAGCAGUUCCUGAGUUGCAAUUGGUGUAUGGCAUUGCUGUUGACAGAGUGUACACUGGCACACUUAUGACAUCUCUUGAUAUGGCAGGAUUAUCUAUUACCAUUAUGAAGUCCGAUGAUAGCAUUUUGAAGAGACUUGAUGCUCCCACUAAAGCUCCAGCUUGGCCUGUUGGUUCUGAAGGAAACCGUCCACCAGCAAAGUUUCAUGUUCCUCUACCACCAUCACCUUCAAUUAAGGAUGACGAGAUUUUUGCUCCAUCUCAGGAGCUGAGCAAGCAAGGGUGUAUCCUGGAGGCUGCUAUUGAAGCAAGUGCUACUGCAAUUAUCAAUCUCAAGGAUAGCCUAAAUGAAUGGGACAGUAAAGUGGGCGAUGGUGACUGUGGAACCACAAUGUGUAGAGGUGCAACAGCUAUUCUUGAAGAUAUGAAAAAGCGUUACCCUAUGGAUGAUGCAUCUGGAACAAUAAAUGAAAUUGGGGCAACAAUCCGAAGGGUGAUGGGUGGAACAAGUGGAAUCUUCCGCAUAAACGUCUACUUCCGUUGCCGCUGCCUCGCCCUCCUGUCCACGCCUUUCUCCACCUACCUCGCCGGAUCCUUCCCCUACAGGGUCUCGCAAGGAGGAGAAAGCUACGCCAGCGUCGCGGCCAAGUUCCACAACCUCACCACGGCAAACUUGCUGCAGCCCGCCCCCAGCAGCAUGAACGAUGUUCUUGACGCCGUCACGGUGGUGAACGUCACGGUCACCUGCUCCUGCGCCAACAGGGACUUGUCGCCGGACUACAAGCUGUUGCUUACCUACCCGCUGGGUGACAGGGAGACGCCGGACUCCGUCGCGGCGAGCCACGGCCUGUCGUCUCAGGCAGAGGUAGACCUGUUCAGGAGGUAUAUGCAUUUCCAUUCAUUGACAGGUGUUAUUGCUGGCACCUCCAUAUUCGGGGCAGGCAUAAUCCUCGCCUUGUUCUUCCUCUGGUACAAGAAAUAUUAUGGCAUGCUGCCAUGGCAAAAUUGGUCAAGGAAUGCUCCAAGGAUUGAAUCUUUCCUGAAAAAACAAGGAACAUCACACCCUAAAAGGUACAGUUAUCAAGAUGUGAGAAGAAUGACCAAAUGUUUUGCUCACAAGGUUGGCCAAGGUGGAUAUGGAGCUGUCUACAGAGGCAACCUGGCUGAUGGCCGUGAGAUAGCUGUCAAGACACUGAAGGAUACUGAGGGUGAUGGCGAGGACUUCAUGAAUGAAGUGGCUAGCAUCAGCGGAACAUCUCAUGUCAACAUUGUUACUCUCUUAGGGUUCUGCCUGCAAGGGAGAAAAAGUGCUCUAAUCUAUGAGUACAUGCCCAAUGGUUCGCUCGAGAGAUAUACGUUUGGAAGGUUGGAGUAUCUCCACGAUGUCUGCAACACCCACAUUGUGCAUUUUGACAUCAAGCCUCAAAAUAUCCUUUUGGAUCAGAACUUCUGUCCAAAGAUCUUAGAUUUUGGGUUAGCAAAGUUGUGCCAACAAAAGCAGAGCAAAAUCUCCAUGGUCGGGAUGAGAGGCACGAUAGGCUACAUAGCUCCUGAAGUAUUCAACAGAAGCUAUGGAGCAGUUAGCAAUAAGUCAGAUGUGUAUAGUUAUGGUAUGAUGGUUCUCGAGAUGGCCGGGGCAAGGAAACAAAUUGAUAUUGGCAUAGACACUAGCAGCAACUAUUUUCCCCAGUGGUUGUACGACAAAUUGGAUCAGUUCUGUGGCGCCACCAUCUCUGAUAUCGGAAGCGACACCACAGAACUUGUGAGGAAGAUGGUCAUUGUUGGCUUGUGGUGUAUCCAGUUCAGACCUAUAGAUCGGACAUCCAUGAGCAAAGUCCUUGAAAUGUUGGAGAGCAACACUCUAGAUUUGCAGUUGCCACCGAAGGCCUUCUGGACUGGCUAA